AUGAUAUACAUUAUGGCACAAAGCAUAAAGGUGCAGAUUAGUAUGAUAGCACUAGAGGUCAUGCAGAUAACUGAGCUACAUGGGCGUUCUUAUAACAGUGCCAUGGGAAUCUCGGGAUUCUGGACCAUUGAGAAUCCAGACACCUUAAACAGUAAACAUCACAGUAGCGUGAGACAGAAACAGCACAAUAACCCGGAGGGAGAGCAUCAUAAAAAUGCAGGAGAAAAAAGCAUCAUCAUGAAAAAACUACACAAAGAAAAUCGUCAUAAAAAUGCACCAGAUAAAAACAUCUUCAUAGAAAUGCCAGGGGAAGUGGUAUCCUCAUAA